CCUCCCUGACAGAACCCCCGAGUCCUUCAUCCUCCCCACAGAGCCAGUUCCUGUGCCCCCCCUCCAGCAGACGCCCCUCCUCCAGCAGACGCCCCCCCCUCCAGCAGACGCCCCUCCUCCAGCAGACGCUCCCCCUCCAGCAGACGCCCCCCUCCAGCAGACGCCCCCUCCCCAGCAGACGCCCCCUCCCCAGCAGACGCCCCCUCCCCAGCAGACGCCCCCUCCCCAGCAGACGCCCCCUCCCCAGCAGACGCCUCCCUGCCCCCCCCCUCAGGUGGGACGCUCCUCAGAGUGGGACGGGACGUCUCAGCCCAAAAGGUUCCUGGAGGUGGUGAUGAGCCGCAGCAAGAGCGUCCGAGCUAAGAGUUCCCGACAAGAGCCCCUCUCGGUGUUCCAGCAGGCCCCGCCCCCCCCGGCUGCAACAGGAAGUGCGGAGGGGGGUCAGUAUGACUUCCAGCGCAGACCCUCCCUGAAGACAGAGACCUCCGGAAACCAACCGGAGAAAAAGGAGGAGAAGGGCAUGACUCGAUCCAGGAGUCUCAAGUUCUUCAGACACAAACAGAAACCUAAAAAUGCUCCUCUCCCUCCUCCAUCCCAACCUGAAAGUCCUGCAGCUAACGGAGCGUCAACUUUCGGAUUCAAACUCGGGUUUGGAUACCGCUUUGGGAAACCUAAAGGUCCCCGCAGUCAUCCAGAGUCCUGGGUGUGAUAAUAUUGAAGCUGAUGAUGAUGAUGAUGAUGAUUUAGCACGUCGCUAACGGACAGCGAAGAGUUCCUUACCCACAGAAAAGAAGCUGAAGCUGCUUCCCUUUUCCUCUGUUAACAGGAAGUGCCUUUUCCAGCGCUGAUGCACUUUGUCCUGCAGAGAGGAGGAUUUAAUAACUCCUGCACCAAAGACUUGAAUGUUUAAUAAAUCUAGCUCACCUGCAGGUUAUUAGCUUCAAGAGGCGGGUAGAGAGGUUUUAAUGCCGUACAACUUAGUGUAAGAGGAGUAUAUUUUGAUAUAUAUGUGCACAUCAGUCAAUGCACCAUGCGUGUCAUUAAGUUUGGUUUCUCUGCUAUCAUUCACAUCCCUCUAGUAUUAAUAUUUUUAAAGGAUAAAUGUAUUUUUGAGAGGAGAUUGAGGUACAGUGAAUGUGAUGUAUACUGGUUACACACAAAAUAAUUUAUUAAAAAAAUAUAGAACUUU